AUGUAGACUGCUUCUAUAAACAUUUGUGAAAGAAUGGGUCGCUCUCAGGAGCUCAGUGAAUUCAACCGUGGUACUGUGAUAGGUUGCCACCUGUGCAAUAAGUCCAUCCAUGAAAUUUCCUUGUUACUAAAUAUUCCACGCUCAACUGUUAGUGGUAUUAUAACAAAGUGGUUGCAACUGGGAACAAUUGCAACUCAACCACAAAAUGAGCGAGGUCAGCGCUUGCUGUUGCGAACAGUGCGCAGAAGUCACAAACUGUCUGCAGAGUCAAUAGCUAAAGACCUCCAAACUUCGUGUGGCCUUCAGAUUAGAACAACAACAGUGCGUAGAGAGCUUCAUGGAAUGGGU